CUGAUUCAAUGUGGCGGUGCAAAUGCCAAUGACAGCCAAAGGGACACGCCUACAUAUAAGAGCUCCCCCAUCCAAGAGCUCAGUCGUUCCCCUCAUCAAGAGCCAGAUCUGUUUACAACUUCAAAGCUCUCCACAGAACCCAUUACCUCUACUACACCUCCAAACAUGGCCAAGGUUUUCGUCGGUAACUUGUCGUGGGGAACCACCGACGAGUCGCUUCACCAGGCUUUCUCUCAGUUCGGAGAGAUCUCGGACUGCUUGGUGCUCAAGGAUCGUGAGACUGGCCGUUCCCGUGGAUUCGGUUUCGUCACCUUCGCUGAUGAAGGUCAAGCUCAAGCUGCCAUCGACGCUAUGAACGAGCAGGACCUUGACGGUCGUAACAUCCGUGUCAACAUGGCUAACGAGAGGCCCGCUGGUGGAGGCGGCGGAUUCCGUGGCGGACGUGGAGGCGGUGGUUAUGGUGGCGGCGGUGGCGGUUAUGGCAAUGGUGGAGGCGGUUACGGAGGUGGCGGUCGUGGUGGAGGUGGUUACGGCAAUGGAGGCGGUGGCUACGGAGGAGGCGGUUACAACCAGGGUGGCGGCGGCGGUUACUCCGGCGGCUACUAAGCGGUGCCUCUACGACGCAGUCCAAGCAACAGAAACUCUCAAAUAAAUCCACCCCAUUCCGCCCUUCCCCCCACCCAUUCGGCUUUACUUUCCACUUCAUUAUGGCCUGGUCUUGUCUGAAUUCAUUAUUUGUUUGAUUGAGUGAAAAAAAUCAAAUUCAGAGAGAUUCUCUCUUGUCUUUCUUAUCGUCUGUUGAUUGUUCGAGUGGCCUUUCCUCGUACACUGGAGCGUGCUUCACAUCCCUCUUCUUCAAAAACGAUGGUCCAUAACGUUCACUCUUUGCUGCUGGGACUGCGUGUCCAUCGAU